AUGGAUUUCCUUGCCCCCAGGUCUGCGCAAGAGCAGAUGGUCCGCCACGUUGAGGAAGGAUGCCCUUACCGUGCCGAUGAUGUGAUGGCCCCUGAGCAAGCUGUCUCCACGGGAACGACAAUCAUGGCCGUUGAAUUCGAUGGUGGUGUGGUCAUGGGUGCCGACUCGCGCACCUCCACAGGGCAGUAUGUGGCGAAUCGUGCCUCAAGAAAGAUCUCAAAGGUGCAUGACAAGAUCUUCGUGUGCCGGUGCGGCAGUGCUGCUGAUACUCAGGCGCUGACCGGAUUUGUCGUUAACUACCUGGGCCAGCACGCCGUGGAGCUUGGGAAGCAGCCCACCGUGAACACUGCAGCCAAUCUGUUCAAGAUGAUCGCCUACAACAACAAGGACAACCUCCUCGCUGGCCUUAUAGUGGCCGGCUACGAUGACAAGCGCGGCGGUCAGGUCUAUAGCAUCCCGCUGGGUGGCUCGCGAAUCCGAGUGCCUUGGGCCUGCGACGGAUCGGGCUCCGGCUACAUCAAGGGCUUCAUCGACUCGCACUACCGACCAGGCAUGUCGAAGGCUGAGUGCUUAGAGUUCGUGCAGAAGGCCCUGUGCUUUGCCAUGUCUCGUGAUGGCAGCUCGGGCGGUGUAGUGCGGACCCUCGUGAUCACCAAGGACAAGGUGGAAGAAUCAAUGAUUGAAGGCAACAAGCUGCCCUUUGGGCCGUAA